GGCGAGUCCGACCCGGUCCCUUCCCCCUCUUCCCGGCCCGAAACAGAGGCGGCCGUAUAAAAGCCCUCACUACCGUUCCAAUCCAGCGGUUACCUCACCACCACCGCAUCGACGCCAGGACAAGCCGCCAACCAACCGGAGGAGCCGCCCGACCGCCGCGCAGUUGCAGCCGGGCCGACGGGAGAAGGAAGAGAUGGAUCGGUACCAGAGGGUGGAGAAGCCGAGGGAGGAGGUGCCCAUCAAGGAGAACGAGAUCCGCAUCACCACCCAGGGGAGGAUGCGCAACUACAUCACCUACGCCACCACCUUGUUCCAGGAUAAAGGUUGUGACGAAGUUGUAUUCAAGGCAAUGGGAAGGGCAAUAAACAAAACUGUGAUGAUUGCAGAAUUGAUCAAGAGGAGGAUUGUUGGUCUCCAUCAGGACACCACCACUGGAUCUACUGAUAUUACUGACACAUGGGAGCCACUGGAGGAAGGGCUACAAACACUUGAGACAACAAGGCAUGUAUCUAUGAUUACCAUAACUCUUUCGAAGAAGGAGCUGGAUACGUCCUCUGUCGGGUAUCAAUCUCCUCUGCCUGCUGACAAGGUGAAGCCAUUUGUUGAAUAUGACAAUGAAGAAGAUGUGCACUCACCUCCUGGACGAGGAAGAGGUCGUGGUGGUCGAGGUCGUGGAAGGGGGUUUGGAAGGGGUAGAGGUGCACGUGGGAAUGGAUACAUGGAAUUUGCUGAUGGUGGAUGGGAGGAUGACCAUGCUCCUAUGCAUCCAGGCAAUGGUUAUGGUGACCAUGCUCCUGCUUAUGCCGGAAAUGGGUAUGCCCGUGGUCGAGGCCGUGGCUUCAGGGGCCAUGGCAGGAGAGGUGGUUAUGGUGGCCAGCCUGAUUAUCAGCAAGAUGGAGGGUAUUAUGAUGAGGCACCUGCUCCUGCACCAUUCCGAGGUGGGGGUCGUGGUUUCAGGGGCCGUGGCAGAAGAGGUGGCUAUGCUGUCCAGCCUGAUUAUCAGCAAGAUGGAGGGUAUUACGAAGAGGCACCUCUUCCUGCAUUGGCUGGAGGCCGUGGUCGAGGUCGUGGCCGUGGGAGAGGCCCAGCCCGGGGCAGAGGGCGCGGUGGCAAUGCCAAUGGCAUGGUGUAUGCUGCCGCAGCUGGCGCCUAAGCUGUUUGCAGCUCCUCUGAAGCUGUCGUCGUUAGUUGGAUGCCUGCUCCAGUAUAAGAUGUAUCAUCUGUGUUGUUUAUCUGUUGACAUAUACUUUGUAUAAGCUUGACAUUCAUUGGGAAUGCAGCCAGAUUUUGAUCUUUGACUAGGUUUGUAGGGUAGCUUAGUCAUGAUUGUGCUUCCUUUCCAGUAGAUGUCAAACUAAUUGUAGCUAUCAGUUGGAAAGGUUUAGAGCAGCGCAUUCUUUCAGUUUUUUACAUAAAAGAAUUCUUGUUCUAUGUUACAUAAUGCAAACUUCGCUUGGUCAUGUCUUCAUAUGUAAGUUAUAAGUCUAGUUUUACAGUUUCAAUGGGCUGUAUUAAGAAUU